CGGAGCGGGGGACAACAAAGCAGGACGGACUCAUUCCCCACGGGCCCUGCUGGGCUGCUUCCAUGAACAUUAACACCUGACCUGACCUGUGGACGCGUUUCGUGCUCGCGGACGAUGGACGAGGUGUUUAUCAAGUCGGCCCUUCCCGCGCAGGACUCCUUCGUGCUGGACGACACCAGCCUGGCUCUGCCGACCCGGUCCGGCCCCGCGGCGUCGGCCAAACCGGAUCCGAGCGACCGCAACCUGCGCGUCCAGCAGCAGGUCCAGCUCACCCUGGCACGCAAAGCUCGGAAAUGCGUGUCAAACGGUGGUGUCCACUUACAGAGGAGCACGGCGAAGAGCUUCGAGGCCGCAGAUGGAUUCAUACCCAACACUAAGGUCAACGGACUGAGCUUCUCUCACCGCUCCCUCUCCACUAACUAUGUGCAGCGACCGUCCAGGAGGGUGGAGGUGUCGCCGCCGCCGAGCCCGGUUUUACCGCGCAGCCGCUUCAACUACAGUACGUACCGCCAGGGGAUGCACACCGUCCCCGGGCCCGGCCACGCCCACGGCCUCGCCCACGCCGCGGGAACCUCGCAGUACGGCUUCCUGGGCUCCGACUCCUCAUUCCAGCGCUACGCCUUCUCGGAGGCUCCUCACGGCGCCCGGGUGAACCCGUCGGCGUCGGCGCGCCCCCCCGUCCGGCAGAGGUCGUUCAGGCAGGCCACCGGGUCGCAGUCCGUCUUCACCAACGCGGCGUUUCAGCGCAGCGGCGAGUACGGCUCGCGGAUGAGCCAGAGGCAGAGUUUCAGGGGCGCCAACGGCGACGUGAAGCUCGGCUCCGCCCCGAUGGAAUACGACGACGAUGACGACGACGGCCUGGCGUGGCUGGCUCGCCUCCGGAGGUCCGGACAGCGAUCCACCAGGCUGAAGUCCUACCCGCCGUCCGCCAGCAGCGUGGAGGUCCGACUGGAAGCAGACGCCUCCUUCCAGCAGAUUCAGGCGAAGAACGUCACGACGCUAAAAUCGGAGAACAAGCCUCCGGAGAUGACGCUGGAGAAGGCGGUGAGCCUCCUGACCCAGGACAACGAGGAAACGCUGACCAGCGCCGCCAGCUACAUACAGAACCAGUGUUUCCUCAGCGCGGAGGCGAAGAAGAUGGUGUACUACCUCCGCGGCAUCGGGAAGCUCCUGCAGCUCCUGAACAGCGACAGCGAGGAGGUGCAGCGCGCCGCCUCGGGGGCGCUGCGCAACGUGGUGUACCAGAGCAGCGAGAACAAGAUGGAGGUGAAGGAGAAUGACGGGCUGGAGGUCAUACUGCACGCGCUGAGCAGCAGCCACGACAUGGAGACCCGGCGCCAGCUGACCGGUGUGCUGUGGAACCUCUCGUCUCACGACGUUCUGAAGGAGCGCCUGUCCAGGCAGACCCUGUCCGUCCUCACGCGCUCGGUCCUCGUGCCCAGUUCGGGCAUCUACGAAGGCGAGAACCCGAAACACGAGCUCCUGGCCGACGCCGACGCCUUCUACAACGCCACCGGCUGCCUGCGAAAUCUGAGCUCCGCCGGCCCCGACGUCAGGAGAGCGAUGAGAGAGUGUGAGAACCUUAUAGACUCACUGGUCUACUACACCCGGGGAACCGUAGCCAACCGCGACACUGACGACAAGUCCACAGAGAACUGUACCUGCAUCCUGCACAACCUGUCCUAUCAUGUGGAGUCGGAGCUGCCGCAGCAUCACAGCCUGGACCUGCGGGCGUCUCAGCAGAGGCUGGAGCCCCAGCCCAAAACCGUGGGCUGCUUCUCGUACCGCGGCGCUCGCAUCGCGGAGCUCCCGGAGAAGCAGCGCCCCCUGCUGGAGGAGAAGGCCAACCCCAGUGGCGUGGAGUGGCUGUGGAGCCCCAUCACCGUGCGCAUGUACCUGUCCCUGGUGGCGUGCAGCACGCGGCGCUGCACUCAGGAGGCCGCCAUCGGAGCGCUGCAGAACAUCACGGCGGGGAACAGAGCGCUGACCGAGGCCAUCGCCUGCACCGUGGUCCAGCGGGAAAACGGCCUGCAGCACAUCAAGAAGGUUCUGGAGGAAGGACAGAGCGAGGUGAAGAGGUCGGCCGUGUUCCUGAUAAGAAACCUGUCCCGCUACCAGGAGCUGCAGCCCGACGUCGCCACGCAGGUGCUGCCCGACGUGGUGAGGAUGCUGCCCGGCGACACCGGCGAGGUCACGACCUCCCUGUGCCAGAUCCUCCUCAACCUGAGCCAGAGCGACGUGAAGCACGUCAAGGCCAUCGUGAACCUCGGGGCGCUGCCCAAGAUCAUGAGCGUCGCCAACGCGGAUAACAGCCGGGCGGGCCACGCCGCCUGCGUCCUCCUGCACGCCAUGUGGAACCACCGCGAUCUCCACGGAGCGCUGAAGAAGGGCGGAUUCAAGAAAUCCGAUUUCAUCAACACGAGGACGACGAAGGUUGUGAACUCCAGAUGAGAGCGAAUCCUCAAAGCUGAGCCCGUUUUUGGUUGUUUUUAACCAGUUCAAAUCACCCUUUGCACUGUUUUUUUUGUAUAUAUUAACACAAACUAUUCCUAACUAAAAGCUUCCAUUCCUUUAAAAUGUAAAUUUCCGCCUGCCCAUGCCGUUUUAAAGACCAGAGUGAGAUGUUUGCGUUAAAAUAGAAGUCACUCUUGUUUUAGAGCUACAAAUACAGUCAUACCAAGAAUCACGUUAUUGAAGAGCCGUUUCUCGUUAAUGUGAGCGAUCGGACCUUUCUCAAAGUGAGAAACACUGACGGAUGAAUGUAGAGAGUUUGGAACAUGUCUGGAGAUGCGAGGACGUUUUAAGUAUUUCCUGAUGUUUGUGUAGUUUGUUCCUGUUGUUUAGUGGCAGCUUUACAGUUGAUGCUCUGCUUGUGUUUUGACAGAGAACCACAGUUUAAAAAAAUGCAUCUAAAUGAUUAAAUAAACAAUAGUGAGUAUUUUUAAAGUGAGUUUGUUGCAUACCUUUAUUUAAAAAGAAGUAUUUUAACAUGUCAGACAAGCUGAUCUAACGUUUCUCCUGCGGUCAUGUUCACAGACAAACAUUUUAUUAGUUAAAUUUAUCAACUAAGGCGUCGAUUCACCUCACAGCUCUGGUCUAUUUUUUUCUCAUUAAUUUUGCUUUGAGAUCAUUUAUAUCAGCUGUUGGGAUAAUUCAAUUAAAAAAAAGCUGCAUAAUUCCUAAAAUUCUGACCUCUAAUCUGCAAUUCCCGUGAUGAUUCCAGCUGUAAAAAUGUAUUUUAAUAGAAUAGUAUAAUAUUUUAUUAUGAUUUUAACUCAAAAAUUACAAUGAAGUCAUGCUGGAGAGAAAAAUAAAAACAACCCCCUGAUCCCAAAACGCUCCUUUUCCCUGCAUCUCCAUCCUGACUGAACCGUUUCUCCUCUUAAAUCUGCUUUUCCUCAGUAAUGAUUCCUGGAUUGGUUAAAAAGGUCAGCGUUGGCUUCGCUUUAUAAAAUGACAAAUGGCUCCGGAGUGUAAAGCGCGCGCGUCCUCGCGGCGGCACGGCCGUAAAUGAACGUUAACCCGGAAAAGGUUGACUCAUUCAUCACAGUAAGAGGUGAAAAGUGCCGCAGAUGGGAGCAAGUUUCAUUCUAAUCUCUGAACUUGGGCGUCGGCAGGCCGGAGUUAUGAAGCAGAGAGAAGGAAUCGUGAGAGGAGGGGGAGGAAAAUAAAAACGUGACACUUUUGGCUUCCAGCUGAAGCGGCGUUAACAGUUGCGUAUACACUGUAUCAUCAACAGUUUGCCUAUAUAAUGUUAAUUCAAUCAUUUUUACCAGCGUGAUAUAAAGAAAUCAUAUUGAAAUGUGCUUCAUUCCAGGGCCUGUUAGCCAGGAGUUGUUCUGCGUUUUCCUCUGAGGGUUUUAAGAUCCUGACAUUUCCAGAAUACAUGCUCAUGGUUUCCUUUAGUUACUUCUGGGAGGGUGCAAUAAAAUCU